GACCCCGCUCCCGCCUCCUCCUCUCCCCUCCUGCUCCCCCCUUCCCACGUGCCCUCCCCAACCCCGGGGCAGGUGAGCCUGGCCAAUCAGAGGGGGCGGCCCCGGCAGGUACCCGGCUUAUCUGGACGGCUCGCCCAAGAGCGUGCCCACUGCGCACCGGGUGGAUGGGGCGGCAGGAGGGAGCGGGGGUGAGUGCGCGUGUGAACGGGCGUGAGCUCCAGUCCCACCUCCCCAGAGCCGCCUGGCGGUGUGCGCUGCCUGGACCAGCCCUCCUGGCUCAGUUCGGGAGGCUUGGUCGGUCGCCGGCUCCUGCCGCCCCGUCGUGGCGCCCCUCUGCACCCACGCCCGGGGGGCCCCUUACACAGGCGCGCUCACGCUCGCCCCGUCGGGCGCCAUCAUGUUCCAGCCGGCGGCAGCGGCGGCGGCUAAGCGCUGCUUCACCAUCGAGUCUCUGGUGGGCAAGGAGAGCAGCCACCCGCUGGCCGAGGAGCCGCUCCGACCCGCCGCCCUCGGCUACCCGGCCAGCGCGGCCGUCGAGGCCUUCGCGCACGGCUUCCAGGGCUCGGCUGCGGCAGCCGCCGCCGCUGCCGGGCGCUCCCUUUAUGGCAGCCCGGAGCUGCUCUUCCCCGAGGCCGUGAGCCACCCGCCCUUGGCCGUCCACCCGCCCCAGCUGGGCGCCUCGCACCUCCCGCACUCGCCGCACCCUUUCUUCGGCUCGCAGCCCCGCGACCCACUCAACUUCUACCCCUGGGUUCUCCGCAACCGCUUCUUCGGCCACCGCUUCCAAGGCAGUGAGGUGUCCCAGGAGAGCCUGCUCCUGCACGGCCCCUUCGCCAGGAAGCCCAAACGGAUCCGCACGGCCUUCUCGCCCUCGCAGCUCCUGAGACUGGAACGGGCCUUCGAGAAGAACCACUAUGUGGUGGGAGCUGAACGCAAACAGCUGGCCAGCAGCCUCAGCCUCUCGGAGACACAGGUGAAGGUCUGGUUCCAAAACAGGAGGACCAAAUAUAAGAGGCAGAAAUUGGAAGAGGAAGGUCCUGAGUCAGACCAGAAGAAGAAAGGUUCCCACCAUAUCAACCGGUGGCGGAUUGCCACCAAACAGUCCAAUGGGGAAGAUAUUGACGUCACGUCCAAUGACUAGAGAGAGGUGGGAAGAGGCUGCUGGGCAAGAGAUCCAUGAGCUGAACACAUGGGAAGAGGGACACACACGGGAGACUGGACAAGGACAGAGCAGCCACCCACAGCCGCCUCCUGUGUGGACUUCUCCGUGGAGCACACCCAGAGACAUGCAAGGCCUAGGAAACCUCCUCUCUGGUGCUCCUGCCAGCUCCCCAGCCCGUGGGGCAGCCGAUGGGAACAUGGCACACUUGGGCGAGAGCAGUGGAGGCAAGAGACUCUGGGCUCCGGGAGGUGAAGGGGGUUGCUUCUUACUCCGAGGGAAGCCAGCUUUCACCAGGCGAGCAAAUAAACAUAUCAACCAAGA